AAGUAUGAACUAAUUAUUUCCGAUAGAUUUGCCAUGGAAACAAGGAAGUAAAGCUAAUUAAAUGGCAUAGAUCAGAACGUGAUGGUUAUACAUGUAGGCCCAAUCGUUCUAUUAAGUAAACAUGUCAUGUAGUCGUCGACUGUUUGUUUGUACGUGUUUCUUUCUACUGGCGAUCACCAUAGGAUCAUCUUAUGGCAAUCAAGAGUGUCCCCACGGUAUACAUAAUUCAUCAUUUAAAUGUUGUCUUGGUUUCCGAAAGAUAGAGGAUGUUUGCACAGAAUGCAUUGGAUUUUAUGGAGAGGAAUGUAGUAUACCCUGUCCAGCAGGAUUUUAUGGACGUCAAUGUAAAACACCCUGCAACUGUUCUUCAAACGAGGCUUGUAAUCAGUUUGUUGGUUGCAGAUCAAACUCCACAUGUGGUGAAGGUCAUCAUUCGGUAAAAGGUAAUCUAAAAUGGAUGUUGAUGAUCUUCUUCAUAUGCCUGCAAGGCUUCAAUUUGGUUUUCUGCAUCGGUUAUCCACUUAGAAAAAGAAAGAACUGGAUAAGAAAAAUGAUGAUAAGAAAAAUGGAAAAGUGUAGAGGAUGCUUUCUUUUUUCCCAGCAAAAAGGUAAAACGGUUCGAAAUAAAGGACACAGUGACAGCCACCCAAUGCACAGAAGCGCUGAUUAUGGAUAUGUAGGUGAUGGCUACCAUCAAAUUCAUUUUCCAAAUUAAAACCUUUCGAUUUUGCUCCGAUCAAUGCACUGUGAAAGACAAUCAUUAACCCAACAAUAAAAUUGUGACGAUGCUAGCUUAGAUAAUGCCCCCAAAAUUUGUCGAUACACUGCGUUUUACGGGAUUGCACCGAAUACUGUUUUAUUUCUCGAUGCAGAAAAAAGUCACUGUUGCUUUGAACUUUAUAAAAACUUUUGAACAUUUACUUGUCAGUGCUGGCUUCAUAUAUGUUCAACACUGUCUUGCAACUUCAUUUGCAUUUUAUGAUUAAAGGCAAAAAUCCGUAUAUUAAAUAAAAGAAACUUUUUUCACAAGA